AGAAGGAGAAGGAGAAGGAGAAGGAGGAGGAGGAGGAGGCUGCGGCGGAGGCGCGACGGAGGAGAAAAAGGUGGAGGAGGAAAAGGAAGAGAAAGAGAAGGAGACGCCGAAGACGAAGAAAGUGUUGAGAGGAGAGUGUGUUGGCGAUCAAAAAGUGGGGAGGACAAGGUAGAAGGAACGAGGAGAAAAGGCGGCUGUGGUAGGGGAAACGGCGAGAGAGUAGAGUAGAGAAGCAGAGGCAGCGCACUGAGCCACGAGGGGCUAUUCGAGCGAGAAGGGGAGGGGUGACAAGGAACCCUGGCGGGGAGGGGACGCGGAGGCCUUCGGGGGGCCGACCAACCAGACGGCCGAUGAUGUCAUCGGGGGAGGAGACCGAGUAUUUCGCCCCCUACGGAGCAACCACGGAAAGCAAGCAACAGCAACUUCAGAAGAAGCAGAAGCGCACCAGACAGCGCGUGGACGCCGGCGAGCCGCGCAACAACUACUCGAGUAUACCGCACUUCACCUCCCGGCCAUCCUUCCACGGCGGUGGUCUGUACGGUUCUAUCUUCGGUGGCAGCGGGCCAACACAUCAACAACAACAACCACAACCACAACAACAACAACAACAAUCUCAACAUCAUCAAUCGCAGUCGCAGCAACAACAACAACUCCAGCAACAACAGGCUGGAGCGGCAAGCAGUCAAGGUCAUUUAGGUACAACUACGACGGGUCCUACAGCUCAGCAGCAUUCCGCCCACGCGGCUUUCGGCUUCUUCGGGGCACCGGGUUACGGCCCCGCCAAGAUGUUGAACGAGCUACUCGGACGACAGGUCAAACAGGCCAGUGACGCCGGUGGCUCACCGCCAGAGGGCGGUCACGGAAUGACUGGUGCCGGCAUGGACCCAGCCGCUAAUUUGCAAUCCGGUGCUGUAGUUAAUUGCGACGAUCCCGCCACCGCCGAGCUUACGCAGCACAUGCUCCGCGACAUACUCCAAGGGCGCAAACUCUCCGCGCGCUCGAUCCAAGAGCAGUCGAACAACAAUAACAGUAUACACAGCAACAAUAACAACAACAACAACACCACAGCGGAUUUACUUAAGUCUCAACAACAGCAUCAGCAUAGUCCUCAACAAAAUAGUGAUAGUGCACGUAGUGGAACAGUGCAUAGUGGUGGAGAGGAGAGUGGUGAUGGAAACAACGUCGUGAAUAACGCGAAUCACAGUGAUCGUGAUACCGUGAUGCCGGGCGAUGCUGAGGAUAGCGCGGAGGACGCAGCCGCGGCCGCACGUGCUAUGGAAGAGGCAUUCGCCGAAGCUGGUAUGGAGCCUGGGGCCAAUCUCGAUGGAUCCGACUGCGAACAGAGUUUACCACCCAGUCCCACCCAACCAAGGUCAGGCUCUGUUUCCGUCAAGGAAGAGUUGCAGGAUUCGUUGAACAUCAAACGUAGCCCGAGCCAUUCUCCUUGUCCGAUCAUACCGAAAACCGAGACCAGUUCGCCGACCACGGAAACUAAACGAGCACGUGUUGAAAAUAUCGUCAGCACGAUGCGCAGCAGUCCGGCCCUUCAAACUCCCACGGUGAACGGUUGUAAGAAACGUAAGCUCUAUCAUCCGCAGCAACAAACCAUACACCACGUUCUCCAGCACGGUGUCAACGAUACCAUGAUGGACGACGAGGAGGUGAACGACGAACUAGAGGAUCCCCUGACGAUCAGGCAGAAACGCGAGGAAAAGGAUAACCUUCAGUCGCAGUUGAAAAGUUUACACGAACAAUUGGCUGUGAUGCAGCAAAAGUACGAUGAGCUUACGAGUAGAAUCGAUUCGGAUAUUGGCGACAUCGUUGGUGCACCGGCCAGUCCUCAACCACCGACCAAACGGACCCGACUUCAUCCACCAUCGUAUAACGGGCUGCCGGCACUGCCGACCGAACACCCGCAUGCCGCGGCAGCCGCCAUGUAUCAUAUGGGACACAAACUCUACCUCGAACAGCAACAAGCUGCUCUAGAGAGAAUGAAGCAGCAUCAGGAGGCGGCUGUCAGGCAACAACAGCAGCAGCAACAGCAACAGCAACAGCAGCAGCAGCAGCAACAACAGCAGCAGCAACAUCAACGGCAAAGUUCUCCACCGCCACCACCGAGUCAAGCGCAGCAACAGAGCCAAAGCAAUACCGGCCCGUCCACCCCGCAGACGCCGCAAAUGCAGCCAGCGGGUACUCCUCUUCAGCACAAAGAUUUCCAAGAAAGGAUAAAUAUGUUCAGACCAGCCGCAGCGGCCACCGGCUCGUCGGCUUCACACAUCACCGACGAGGACCUGCAAAGUCUCUCGGACGCGUUGAAAGUGGAGAUCACCUCGUGCUUGACAGGUCUGAUCGACAAAGUAGUUAACAGGUUCGUGCAACAGAGGAGGUUUCUUGGUAAACAAAGCGAGGCGGCUCAGGUUGCCGCUGAACAGUUGAACAAGGAUCUGAUGUUGGUGAGCCAAGUAUUGGAAAGAAAAUCGCCAAGGACGAAAGUAGUUGACAGAGCAGCACCGCAACCCGGUGGCCCAAACGGGCCACGGGGGCCCCACAAUGGCGGGCCCCCUCCUCCACAAUCUACGGGUUUCCCUCAAAUCGUUACCAUGGCUGGCGUUCCCCAUGGUCCUCAUUCCGGCCCCACGGAGAACAAUCUUAAUCAAAUGAAUCAGCUGCCCCCGCACGUGAGGGCGAGCGGCGGAAGGUUUCAGACCUCCCAACCGCCCACGAUGUACAGGACCUGCAUGCAGGGACCGCAACAACAGCAGCAACAACAACAUCAACAGCUGGAACAUCAGCAGAGAGAGCAACAGCAACGCGACCAAUAUUGUAACAUGAGGGGAGAGGAGAGAGAAAGCAGGGACUCGGAACAGAACGAGGCACUCUCGCUCGUCAUAACACCGAAGAAAAAACGCCAUAAGUAUUUCCCAUCGCAGGUAACGGACACGAGGAUCACGCCGAGGACGGUGUCCCGAAUCCUGGCGCAGGAGGGUUGCGCAUCGCAAGGAGGAAGCGAGAGUCCACCGCCCCCGCCUCCGCCGAGAUCGUAUCACGCACCGCCACCGAUGCUGCCAGUGUCUCUGCCAACCAGCGUAGCGAUACCGAAUCCAAGUCUCCACGAGAGUCAAGUGUUCUCGCCGUACUCGCCGUUCUUCAACCCUCACGCGAGUCAUCCGGGUCAGGUACCACCUCCGGGUCCGCAUCACCUACCAGCCAGCCCUCCUGGUGGAGGUGUAGAGCUCAGGGAUUCCCCUCCACUGCCCCAUCCGCCGGCUAUACUGCAUCCUGCCUUAUUGGCGGCUGCCCAGCAUGGCAGUCCGGACUACGGACAUCUCAGGAUAGACAGCAACGACCGGCCCCCCGGUGAUUGCAACUCCGGCGACAUCAGUUACGACGGGAUUCAGCCUACAUCGUCGACGUUGACGCCGAUGCAUCUGAGGAAGGCGAAACUGAUGUUCUUCUGGGUCAGGUACCCGACCUCGUCCAUCCUCAAGAUGUACUUCCCUGACAUCAAGUUCAAUAAGAACAACACCGCACAGCUGGUCAAGUGGUUCUCCAACUUCCGGGAGUUCUACUAUAUUCAAAUGGAGAAAUACGCGAGGCAAGCGGUUUCUGAAGGUGUGAAGAAUGUCGAGGAGCUUCGGGUCGGUGGUGACUCGGAAAUCUAUCGAGUUCUCAACCUUCAUUACAACCGAAACAAUCACAUUGAGCCUGGUUAUGAAUUACAGGUACCGACCCACUUCAGGUUCGUCGUCGAGCAGACGCUAAAGGAAUUCUUCAAAGCUAUCCAAGGUGGCAAAGACAACGAACAGAGCUGGAAGAAGUCCAUCUACAAAGUGAUCGCUAAGCUGGACGACGCGGUACCGGACUACUUCAAGACCCCGAACUUCCUGGAUCAGCUCGUAUGAAUCAGCAGGUCGCGUGACUCUUGCUCUUCGUGGUGCGCGGGCUCGUCAGCGCUCGUCGGCUCCCGGUAAAGUCAGAAAACUAACAGAACGAUUACGAAGAGGGAGGAACGGUCAGCGAGGAAGGAUCGCAUCCGCCAUUGGAGGUACACGUCCUUCGCGUAAAAGCGCGUUCAGGUAUCCUUACAAACUAACAUAUCGCAGAACGAUCGUGAGAGAGAUAGAGGGAGAUUAGUUGGGAGGGAGUGAAAGAUAGAUAGAAAUGAGAUAAAAUGUUAGGGAGAUUAGAGGAGUAAGAGAAAAAAAAAAAAAAGAAAGGGAAAGAAAAGUACAGAGAGAGAAACGUUCGAACGAACGAACACGCGACGUACGGAGGCAUCGAUCAUCCUAAACCGAAAAGGAACCCGAUGAGGAGUGCCGACGAAGGAUCAGGCUGUGACCUAAUCACGAGACAACGUUCACGAGCGGGACCGGUUGGAUUUAUUUCACGCUUCGUGCCUUUUUAAUCGGACCGAUCAUAGAUAAUUAAUCGCGAUCGGAUGCGACCAGUUACUAAGCGAGGCCACGAACUGUCCAGCCUGUCCUCGCCGCGGACGGCAUCGAUACGACGACGGUUCUGGGAGGAAGCGGAAGAAUACAUAGAACGAGAAAGCGUGGUCAACGAACGGCAAGGAAUACUACAAACAAGCUUCGAACGUCGAGUAUUGUUUUCGAUUUGUUGCGUAACAAGCAGACAACAGUUCACCGAUUACCGCCUAAUUUUAAGACCCUCGUUUAUUCCGAAUCUAGACAUGUAAGGGAAGAGAAAGAGCAUUCGUGAAAAACGGUGACGACGAUCGAUCGAAGGCUGGCAUUCUUUCGAGCGAACGAAAAGUUCAAUGGUAUGGCUACCGUUUUGUCCAAUAUUUCUAGAUGAUACCGAUUUAAAAAGAAAAGAAAAGUUUACUACUUAUCGUGUGGUUCGAUGGUGAAGCAAGAUCCGCUGGACGGAUCCUCCGCAGCUUCCGUUCGAGAGGCAGAAGAGGAGACCCUCCUCGUGGAUCUUGGUGGAACGAGCGGUGACGAACGGUAUUCGCCCUCCGUUUCCGUUCGUUUCCAAGGCGCUACAACGAUGGCCAGUUUCACUUGGCAUUCGUCACGCUGCGUACCUUUGGUCUUUUUCUUUUUUUUUUUUUUUCUUUCUACGAGGAACCCUUGUUGCUCGAUCGAACGCACCCUCGUCGACCCGUCGUCCCGACGGCAAUUUCGUUUCUAACCGCGAUCGCUCCGACAUCCGCUCGACAGAGCCAAAGAUGAUUAGUUGUUUCGAAAGGGAUCCCAGGUUCGUACCGAAUCGACGGGAACAACUAGCGCCGUUACCAAAUUUUACUUUCAGCGGAAGUUAACCCCGUCGUUUCCGAAGACGAUACAGCCGACCGGCAAACGGGCCGGUCUCCUGCGCGUCGAUCCUUUCUUUUUUCUUUUUAAUUAAUCCUUAAGUUGUACAUAGGUUCAGUUUCUCGUCAGAAUUCUAGCGAAUAUUCUUUGAAGAAGCGAGACGGUACACGGUAAGAAUUCCUGAAUGGCAUUCGUCGAACGUGACAUACGAAAUCUGGAUGUUUCGUUUCUCGUUCGAGCAUGGAUUCUUAGUACACGACGUUUACGUAGAGAUGUUUUUUAAUUAAAUUAAAUGGUUAAUUGAUAUGUAAACGAGGUUAGGCUAGUCGCAGUGACAGGAGUACGAGUAACAGGGACGACGAAAUGGGAAGUGACGAUAUUUUCGAUGAUUUGCACGUGAAUUAAAGAAGGGGGGAGAUCAAUUUUGAGAAAGAGACUAAAAGAUAAAUAAACAAUCGUACGCCGGUGCGUAACUAUAAUAAAGGUAGAUUAUAUUUAAAAAAAAAAAAAAGAACUUAUAUAAUAUAUAUAUAUACAUAUAUAAUUGCAUCAAAUUCUAUGUAUAUAUAUUAGACUUUAAAGCAAAAAGACGAAUAUUGGCGCGAUUAAAAUUGCGUAAAGAAUGCGUGACAGAGGAUUAGACGACCAUAAACCUCCCUUAUUUCCACUUCUACCCUAACCACGUCACACACACGUUACACACGCGCGCGUACACGUCCUAACCAACCCCCCUCCGGCCGCGCGCGUACGCACACUAAGCGAUACACACUUUACAACCCUUAUUGUACAUACAAGCACAUAUAUGCACGGUUUAUUCGCGAGAUGUUCAUUGCUAACGCGUAUGUGUUCUAUCGUCGCAAAAAAAAAAAAAAAAUGAUUUCUUUUUUUCCCGGUCGACGAUUUGUAGAUACGUUAUCGUACGUUAUGAUAAUUAUUAUUACACCGAGUUAUAUUGUAACUUAAAUUGAUUGCCUUUUCACUAUUAUUAUUAUUCCCGCUAUUAUGUGCACUAUUAUUAUUAUUAUCAUUAUUGAAAUAUUAUUGCUAUUAUUAUAUUAUGUUACGAGUAUUUUGUGAGAAUGCGAUGAUCACGAUUGAUUUCAUUCCCUGAAGCCUUAGUUUUCAACCGAAAUUUAUCACGUCGCAGGAAUAUCCAGCAAUACGUGUGUACCCUGUUCACGAGAUCCUGUCCCCUUUACUUUAUUUCCCUCCCUUGUAUAUUUGUAAGCUUCACUCUCACCGUAUCUACCUUCUGGCAUUUUAGUUUAUCAUUGUAUUUAGUUAUUGUAUUCGCCACGACCAUUAUAAUUAUUAUUACUAUUAUUAUCAUUAUUAUAAUUAAGCAUGAGUUUAUGCAAGUGUACACGACAAAGAGAGGAGAGCAAUCAACAAAGGUAUUACACGGAAGAAAAAGGAAAAAAAAAAA